ACUGCACCCGCUGGCUGCGCGGCAUCCCUCUCUGCACAGCUUUCAGCCCAAGUCCACCGCUUUUGCUUCCACCUUUUCUUCGUUGUGCUCUGCUCUUCCAGCGAAUGUUGUCUUGCCAAACAGAGAUGGUACCUAUGAGCGUUGCCAGCUUUGUUCUGAUUCACCUUAAUUGAUACUUGAAACUGUCUCAUUGAGAUCUUGUCCUGUCACAGCUACCUGCGCCCGCCGCACCCACCACGACCUCACCCAGCCUCACAAUUAUUCGCCUGCGACCAACGACCACUAACACCGCCAUCACCCGUUUGUGCCUUCACUGACUGACGAUCCCCUGCCUUUCAACCAAGAUCACAUUCGGCCGUCAUCGACGCUGCUGUUGACGAGGGUCCCAUCGGACAACCUCAAAAUCUUCGUUUUCUUAAAGAUCCCCGACCGAAGAUCCUCGCAACGACCCUCCUACACCAACCAUGACUGCUCCAAGGUUAUUUACAAGACCAUAGCCAGGACACAUCAAGGGCACAUGCGCAUCGACCCCUGCGUAUGUGCUCCAUGACCCAGCACACUUGAGGCCGCUUCAGGAUGGGCUUUUCGAGCCGACGCCCAAUUCUGCCUGCGCCCACAGACUCGUUGUUGGGAUCCGCCGACGAAGCUGGUCACGGCACGGAUCUUGGGACUGAUCUCUCUCGACGAAGCGAGAAGACCUCCGAGACGAUUCCUGACGACGGAAGCCCAAUCACCAUUACCCCAGCCCCCAAGCGCACGAUUGGAAAACUUGCAAAGUCCGGUCAACAGUCCCAAACCUCGCUGCUGAUUGAGUAUUUCGAAGGAGGCAAAACAUCCGACUCUGGACAGAGGCGACCCAGCUUACGGGUUCGCUACACACCAUCCCAUUCCCGGAAGAAUAGAGACAAGGGGGAACGUCACAUUCUGGUCACCGAAUCUCCAACGGCUAGGAGGCCUUCCUUCAGCCACCGCAUUUCGCUUGGGGGAAACGAGACUCUUGCGCCAAACGUCAUUGAAGGCAGCAUCAGCUCCUUGGAUACAGGCGACGAUUUCAGGCCGACCGUCCCCGUCGAAAUUGAAGUCUUACAGGCCGAAGACAGUGACAGGUCCGUCUUGAGUCCACCUCCCGAGACCAGGUCCAUUGUCCCAGAAUCCGAUAUUUCGUCUAUGCCAGCAGAGAGUUCCCUUGGACCCAAUCCACCUAUCAACAUGUCGCCUGCCAGCCAGAGUGUCAGCAUCACUCGAGGUAUGUCUUCUGAAGGAGCCUCGUUGAAACCACCUGUCAUUCCCGCCGAACGCAAUUUGAGCAAUGAGCGUAUCACGCAAAAAGUCAUCGAAAAGUUGAGCAACAAGCCACGAGUGUCGAGCAGCGGAAAGCGUCAGCAUAGUAGUCACAGUGGAAGCCGGAGCAGCGCGAGCAGAGAAGCGGAAUCUAUCCACACCGAACCGCGAAUUCGGGUCACAAAGAAUGUGGACGAUGAUUCCAUGCAUAGCAUCACCGGCUCCAGCAUUGUCAGUGGCUCUCAAGUGUCUGCAGACCUGCGGGCGACAGACCAACGAUCUGCCCGCUCAGGAACAUCAAACGUCUCAGUCACGAAUAACCCGAAACUGCUUCAAACGGUUGAAGAUGCCAUCCGAAGGCUUAUACUACCCGAGCUCAACGAAUUGCGUCGGGACCAGAAGCAUUCCCACCGGUCGCGGCACGAUAAAUAUAGUAAUCCUUCGGAUCUGUCGUCGAGUACUCUAUCACGAGAGGACAGGACGCGUCGCAGAUCAUCGGGAAGCAAAUCUAAGCGCCGAGUCAGUCGGGAGUCUGAAUCCGGUGUGCCCUCAGAUUCGUCUCGCCGUCAUAGACGUCACAAGACUGUCGACUACGAUUCACCUUCCGAGCACAGCUACGCGCCAUCCGAGUCUGUUGACAGCUUGGGCGAUGAGAAGAAGUCACGUAGGCACUCUAAAAGCCGCCGUGCUCGUGACGUUGCGGCCGGGGCUGUCGGAGCUGCAGCCCUGACUGCCGCCGCCCUGAAAUCGCAUGAUUCAGGGUCGAGUCUGGAGUAUUCGGAACACCGCCGACGGCGGAGGAGCAAAAGCCGCAGCAGCCGCAGCGCGAGUUAUACAGAGAAAGAGGAUGCUUUCCAGAAACAUCAAGUGCCACCCAUGCCCUUCGUUAGCGAAAUUGGUACCGACCUCACUCGGAGCUCGCUCAAAUCCUCAAAUGACGGACGCGCCGAGACACCAACCCGCCAUGAGGUGCGUGAAGUGAUACGCGGAUCUCCUUUUGACCUUUCCUCGCCAGCGUCCCAGGCGACGCCCACCUCUAAUGCUCUUGAUUUGAAAAGGGGACUUGGUACUCAUCAUGGUAACUUUUCGGAGCACGAUUUGUCGGCCCACGACUUGUCCUCCAAGAAAGAGGUGUUCGACGAGGGCACUUUUGACAAGUCACCUGAGCCAGAAGAGCUGGAUUUCGCUACCCAUGGAUUUGCGGCUCUCACAGAUCCAGAACGGGCUCGUCAAUAUGAGAGGAAUCUUCAUCAACAGCAUCCCAUUAGGCGGGGCCUCAGUCCAAUACAGAGCGUUGCCAGCUAUGCGACUACGGAACCCAAUCGCAACUCAUUAAUGCAGCCACGCAGCUCAGACUCUUUGCAUUCGCCGGGCAAACAUCCCCAUAUGGAUGACCAAGUCUCCGUCUCUUCCUUAUCAUCAGCGCCUAGCACUGACCUAGCCCGCUCGAGGCGACCUCAUGGAAUGAGUUUGGAGAGCCGGAGUGAGAUCAUGGCUCAACAUGUGAGGUCGCUCGAAAGCACUCCUCGCCAAGUGGAUCAACACGCUUUUGGUGACCAAGACCUCGAAGACGACGACUAUCAUGACUCACCAUAUAUCGACAAAGUCACUGCGGGCCAACAGGUUGUCGCUAGAGGCAUUGGGGCAACCGCGCAGUAUGUCGAUGAGCCGUCAGGUAUCGAAUCUGCUGUCGCCUCUCUAGUUGAGCCUUCCCUUCUGUCUGCCGAUUAUACAUAUUCACCUCGCCACAGUCAGGCAGACUCGCCUGGCGCUCGUGAGAUCGCGAGCCCUUCGCUAUCCCACCAUGAUUACGCGUCGAGGCACAGCAGCAGCCCCCUAAAACGGCAACUUUCAAACCAUAGCGAGAACGCACACGGGAUUGCUCCAGUACCAGCAACUUUGAUGUCGUCCCCCCCACAGAGUCCUGCUCGCUCACUUGAACACUUGGAGCAAGCUUCCGCCAAAUCAGCGCAGCCGGCACCUCUUGCUACCAGUAAUGUGCCCAGUGGCCCAGUCGAACGUUCACCCGAGUCAGACAUCACCACCAAUCCGUCUAUCAUCCGAGGUCCGAUUGGCGGCCUCACGCAGGGCAACACCGAGCAUUGGCCUUAUGAUCCGACACCUCCACACUCCCGAGCUAACCUGGUGCUUCCACCAGUGAGUCGCGAUAUUGGGUCAGCUGGGGCAGAUCUCAUUCCUGAAGCCUUGUCCAUCAACCGUGACCACGAUAUGGAUACAAAACGUGACCUCUAUGUACAGCCUCAGCCUUUGUCAACUCCGCUAGGGGCUAAAGAUGAAGGCUACGAAACUGGAGCGAAUGUACCAUCGCCAGGAUUGUAUUCCCAAGGCCGAGGAGUUCGAGACGACAGCUUUACACCCGAGCUUCCAAUCGAUAAUGCUCCUGUUGCAGACGAUCCCUUCACUACACAGCGAGAUCAGUAUGCCAGUGGACUGUCGCAUGGCAUGUCGCCCAUGUAUGAUAGUGCAACGGGCCGCGGCCGGGACAACAUCCAAUCCAAAGAUAUUGUGGCUCUUAUGGAUCAUCUCACAAUGCGUGACGCCCAACGAAAUGCAAGAGAUACGGAAAUUCUCGUGACGCUGGUUCGCAGUGCUGCAGAAAUGCGUAACUCGUUUGAAGAUAUGAAAAAAUUCAUCGCAGAGCAGGACGAUCUUAUCAUGGACACUGCUGAUAAACAACAUGAAAAAACGCAAAAGGUCAUUGGAGGCCCGCGACCACAACCCGCAGCUGCUCCUCGCCCGACGAUGUCAGCUACUUCGGAGGAAGACAUGCCAUUAAAGCGCCGCAAUGUUUUUCAACGUGCGCUUCGAGGACUUGGAGCUAAGAACUCACAAGAAUUGCAAAACAUUGAGGCAAUGUUGAUGCGACUUUUGGACGAGGUUGAGGCAUUGCGGGCCUCGCAGCCUCCUCCUGUUGCAAGAGAUCAGCCUAGAUCUACGAGCUUGACCUCUGCAGAUAACGCGCGGGCUCCUACAGACACAGGAUAUGAGCCAGAGGGUCAAGCAGGGACCUCAUCAACAGGUGAUCGUUCUGGAUUCUUUUCGAACAACUCCUCUCGCCAGGCAGACUAUCGCAACUAUAAUAUCCAUCGAGAUUCUGGAAACCGGGUGAGCACAGUCAUGGAAGGUGACGAAGAAUACGACGACUAUGGGAACCAUCUAGGCGGCUCUGCCGCCGGAAAUGCACAAGUCGUCAGCCACACGCCGCUGGACACGCCUCCAAGAAAUGAUGGACUUCGACAAGCCAGAGGAGGUUCGGUCCCUCUGAAUACUCCACCUCGGACGCAGGACCAACACACGGGAUCGCUAAGCCAUGAAAACACACCACACCUCUCUGCGGGAGACGCGUCUGGACGAAAGCACAAGUCUUUCGCAUCUUCCUUCAUUCCAAAAAUGGUCUCUCGGUGGUCCAAGACUACAGCAUCUUCUGCUGAUAAUUUCCGCGCAAGUCAACAACGCGUCAGACCCUACUCAGAGCACUCUCGGUCGGGCUCCAACCUCGGAGAAUACGACUUCGAACAUGACCCUCAGGGCCACGACCGCAUUCGGUCGAAUACUUCAUUCCAGCGAGAUCAGUACGAUGAUGCGGAGAACCGACCACCAUCUCCUUUGGUCCCAAGCCAGUUGACGGACAACCCCAAAUAUCAGGCUCACAGAAACAGCAUCAAUCUCCAGCAUCCACAACCUAGGCAAGGACCAACUGGCCGCUUCCAGUCUCGUCUGGAGUCGGAAGCACAGCACUACACCAAUGAACAAACUUCGCCGACGUCACAGACCUCAUCACAGUGGGAGACCCACUCGGGGCUGCAGCCGAAUCAUCACACGACUAUCGCUUACGGAGGGCACCUCAGUCCUAUAUCUGACUCACCCUAUUCUGCAGAGCCAGGCCAGCUACGUGAUGACAGGAGCAUUCGAUCUGGAAGCUCUCAUGGCCCGCCUCGGCCGCCAAAGGUUCCCAAUGACGAACCAUUGGUGCCUCAACGCCCACCCAAGAUCAUGAUGAGCCCUACAUCCUCGAACAGACAGCAGACCUAUGUCGAUCAUGUUGCUGCAGCACGGGCGGGAAGCCCAGCAUUUGACAAGUCUCCCGUCGCGGCACUGAGAUCGCCACAAAGCCAGGCGCGAAAGCCGUCAGGGCCGAGACCCCUUGCUGGAUCCGGUGGAUCGAAGGGCGAUCUGAAUGCCGUUAAGAGAACGAGAUUCAGGGGCAGCCCGAACCAGAUCGACAGCGAGGACGAGGCCACUACGGCCUAUUGAGUGUUAUGUUGGGUUUUUCGGCGGCAGUGGAGUUUCUUGAGCGCGCAAUGUGAGCGAUUGACACACGAAUGCAUAUUAGAGGCGCGUACUGGGACGGGUUUUCAUUUCAUGCCAAUGCCAAACUGCGGAACGACGAUUUCCGCCGCCAGGCUUAUUGGCAUUACAAAAGGUCUUGGUGUGUGCGUCCUGCCUGAGUGAAGGAGUUGGAAACGCGAGCUCGACAAUCCAGCGAUGUUGAUGACACACUGGGCAUUUACUUUUCAGACACCACAGACUGCAGCGGCAGUGACGGAGCUAGCACCUGAGCUGAGAUAUGAUACCAUACAAUUUGUUCGCGUCGGGCUGUGCCCUGAGCGAGAAAAAGAUACGUAAUGUCGAUAUAAGGAAAUCAAAAAAGGAGUUGGAGCUUUUCGCCUCGUGUUUUG